AUGGCUGAUACCUCGGAUACCACUCCACCCGAUAAAGAGUCCCAGAAUGAAAAGACAAGAGACGACACCGCUUCAACACAAAGCCAAACAAACGAUGAACAAGACACCAUUGAAGAACCCCCAGAUGGCGGUUUAAAAGCUUGGUUACAGGUCUUAGCAGGCCAUCUCGCCAUGUUUAAUACAUGGGGGUACUUUAUCAGUUUCGGCAUCUUCCAACCACACUACGAAUCCGAAUUUUCCCUUCCACCAUCGACAAUCUCGUGGAUUGGGAGUCUACAAGUCUGUCUCAUUUUCUUCAUCGGUACAUUCUCCGGGCGCGCCUUUGACGCAGGUUACUAUCGCACUGCAUUAAUCGUGGGCCUCUUUCUGCAAAUAUUGGGUAUCUUCAUGACCAGUAUUGCCUCAGCGUACUGGCAAGUUCUUCUCGCGCAGGGAAUAUGUCAAGGUUUAGGAAAUGGGAUCCUAUUUGCGCCAACGAUAGCAAACAUGUCUACCUACUUUACUAGUAAAAGGACGGUCGCUAUCUCGGCUGCAGCUUGUGGAGCUGCUACGGGCGGAAUGGUAUUUCCUCUUAUUGCGCAGCAGCUUCUACCAAAGAUUGGGUUCCGAUGGACAGUGCGCGUUAUGGGACUGGUGGUUAUCGUGGUAUCUGCUUUGGUUCUGCUGCUCGCCAGGACGAGACUCAAAGGAAGAAAGGCUGGACCGCUUGUUGAGUGGGCGGCUUUUAAAGAGCCUUCGUAUGUGUUAUUUGCAGUGGCCAUGUUUUUUACAUUGUGGCCGACUUGGAUCUCAUACAACUAUGCUCGUCAAUAUGCGACAGACAAACUCGGCGGUUCAGCCUCAGAUUCAUUCCUCGUGCUCAUCGCCAUAAACGCAGUCGGCAUCCCAGGCCGAAUGAUAUCCGCCAUUCUAGCCGAUCGAUUCUUCGGCGCCAUAAACGUUUUUAUUCCCACAAUAUUCUCCGCCGCAUUAUGUCUGUAUAUGUGGUCGCAAGUAACCACACUCACAGGCGGUUUCAUCUGGGUGAGCAUAUUCGGCUACUUUGGUGCCGCAAUCCAGAGUUUGUUUCCUUCAUGCUGCGCAAGCUUGACAUCGGAUUUAUCAAAAGCUGGCACGAGAAUUGGAAUGAUUUUUACUAUUAUUAGUAUGGCUGCUUUGACAGGGUCGCCUUUGGCUGGAAAGCUAAUGCAGGUGACGGAUGGGAAUUAUUUGGCUGCGCAGAUUUGGGGUGGGAGUAGUAUGAUGUUGGGAAUGUGUUUGUUAUAUGCUGCUAAAAGGGCUGUGAAUAGACAAAAAGUAUUAGAAUUCAACAUAACCACUCUUCCACAAGCAUGUCCGCAACACCAUGGAUAUGUCGAUCCUGCACAAGAGCAUUAUCACGUCCUCACAUACGUCAAUUUAUUCGCUUCGCAAGCAAUGGUACCCCCACCUCCCCUUGUCUGCCAGGAUCUCCCAAAGCUAACAACUCCAGAUGCAUCACCCCUCCUCGCUCCAGCCCUCCUCCAACGCGCCCAAUCCCUAACAACCGAACACGAUGCCCUCCAAAAGAACCUCAAUUCCUCCUUCGACUCAGAUACAGCUAAGCGCGUCGGCGAACUUUCUCGAGUAGCAGAAGCUCUGAAAGCAUUGGAAAAGUCCCAAUCUUCCGUCAAAGAGCUAAAGCAAAUGCUCGACGAUUCAAGUCUGGACCAAGACCUCGCCGCUAUAGCCAAAGACGAACUCUCCUCCGAAACGGGCCAGCUCGAAUCCCUCUCCCGCAAACUCUCCGCCAGCUUGACGCCCCGCCAUGCUUUUGCCGAUUUCCCAUGCAUGCUCGAGUUUAGACCGGGGCCGGGUGGUCUUGAGGGGAGAUUCUUCAUGGAUACUCUGUUCAAGAUGUAUAAAGGGCUUUGUAUGAGGAGAGGAUAUAGACAUACGGUUGUCAAGUACGAAUUCGCAGACGGAGCAGGUGAUUCUUCUUCUUCCGCGGGCGAGAAUCCUCUUCAGGAAGCUAUUCUUGAAGUCCACGAUCAAGGCGCCUUUGACAUCUUCCGCGGUGAAGCAGGCAUGCACCGCGUACAACGUAUCCCCAGCACCGAAACAAAAGGCCGAGUCCAUACCUCCGCCGUCGCAGUUUGGGUCCUCCCCUCGUUCCCCGAGAACAGCGCGACAAGCAUCGAUUUCGAAGACCCCGAGAGCGACUUCUACAUUAACCCGCAAGAACUCAAGAUUGAAACGAUGAGAGCGCGUGGCGCAGGAGGACAACACGUCAACAAGACCGAAUCUGCCAUUCGCAUGACACAUUUACCCACCGGAACGACGGUUUCGAUGCAAGAUCACAGAUCGCAGCAGCGCAACAGGGAAGAAGCGUGGAAACUGAUGCGAUCCCGAAUUGCAGACCAGAGAAGAGAACAACGUGAACAAGAAGCAUCGCAACUGAGGAACAGCGUCCUGUCAAAGACGCAGAUUACUCGUGGUGACAAGAUUCGAACGUACAACUACAACCAAGACCGAUGUACCGACCAUCGUGCUGGUAUUGACGUGCACGGUUUACCGAAUGUGCUCGAGGGUGGUGAGAAGUUGGAUAAGAUCAUGGACGGUGUAAAGGAUUGGUUGGUUAGCAAGGAUAUUGAAGUCCUCGUUGCGGAAGAAGAGGUUAAAGAAAAGGGAAAGAAAUAG